CUCCCUCGCCGGCCCGGCCCCGCACGGCCCCGCACGGCACGGGGGUUGCCAUGACAAGCGUUUUCUCCCGUUAGCUCCGGGACCGCUCCCCCUCCAUCCCAUGGCCAGUCGCGGGGGCUCCGCCGCCAGCCGGGCGCCGUGGGACCGGAGCCGCUCCAGUUGCUGUGGUAUCCAGGGAGCCCCUCCUCCUCCUCCUCCUCCUCCUCCUCCUCCUCCUCCCGCUGCAGGAGCUGCACGCCGGGCGUUGCUAAGGUCGCCUCCGCGGUAACAUGCACAUCCUGUUUACACCUUCAUCCCGACAAGUUGGGCUCGGAUAGAGCCACCCGUUCCCCCCGGGAAGCCCCCAGGGAAGGGGCCACACGGAGCAUCCCCCCCCGGAGCCGCCGGAGCCGCGAGCGAGGCCGCGCCAGGAGCGCCGUGCCGGUGGCACCGGCACCGUGACAAGAUGACGAACAACGUGGCCGACCACCACCCCGGGAACUCGGUGGCCGAGGGCAACCAUGAGGGGGACUUUGGGUGCUCCUUGGUGGAGCUCAGGAACCUCAUGGAGCUGAGGAGCGCCGAGGCCGUGGCCCGGAUCAACGACUCCUAUGGCGGCGUCCAGAACGUCUGCAAGAGGUUGAAGACGUCGCCGGUUGAAGGCCUGUCUGGGAACCCCACGGACCUGGAGAAGCGGCGUCAGGUCUUUGGCCAGAACUUCAUCCCCCCCAAGAAGGCCAAGACGUUCCUGCAGCUGGUGUGGGAGGCGCUGCAGGACGUGACGCUGAUCAUCCUGGAGAUCGCAGCCAUCAUCUCCCUGGGGCUGUCCUUCUACCACCCCCCGGGAGGGGACAACGAGCUGUGCGGGCAGUCCACGGGCGGCGUGGAGGACGAGGGCGAGUCGCAGGCGGGCUGGAUCGAGGGCGCUGCCAUCCUGUUCUCCGUCAUCAUCGUGGUGCUGGUGACGGCCUUCAACGACUGGAGCAAGGAGAAGCAGUUCCGGGGCCUCCAGAGCCGCAUCGAGCAGGAGCAGAAGUUCACGGUGAUCCGCAAGGGCCAGGUGAUCCAGAUCCCCGUGGCCGAGAUCGUGGUGGGGGACAUCGCCCAGAUCAAGUACGGUGAUCUGCUGCCAGCGGAUGGGAUCCUGAUCCAGGGCAAUGACCUGAAGAUAGAUGAGAGCUCGCUGACCGGGGAGUCAGACCAGGUGAAGAAAUCCAUGGAUAAAGACCCCAUGCUGCUGUCAGGUACCCACGUGAUGGAGGGCUCGGGCAGGAUGGUGGUGACUGCCGUGGGCAUCAACUCCCAGACUGGGAUCAUCUUCACCCUCUUGGGAGCAGGAGGAGAGGGUGACGAGGAGAAGAAAGUGAAGAAAGGUAAAAAAAGCGGAGCCCCCGAAAACCGCAACAAAGCUAAAACUCAGGAUGGUGUGGCCUUAGAGAUCCAGCCCCUGAAGAGCCAGGAGGGGGUGGAAAACGAGGAGAAGGAGAAGAAGAAGGUGAAGGUGCCCAAGAAGGAGAAGUCGGUGCUGCAGGGGAAGCUCACGCGCCUGGCGGUGCAGAUCGGGAAGGCAGGGCUGAUCAUGUCGGCCAUCACCGUCAUCAUCUUGGUGCUCUACUUCGUCAUCGACACCUUCGGGGUGCAGAAGCGGCCCUGGCUGGCCGAGUGCACCCCCAUCUACAUCCAGUACUUCGUCAAGUUCUUCAUCAUCGGCGUCACCGUGCUGGUGGUGGCCGUGCCCGAGGGGCUCCCGCUGGCCGUCACCAUCUCGCUGGCCUACUCUGUCAAGAAAAUGAUGAAGGACAACAACCUGGUGAGGCACCUGGACGCCUGCGAGACCAUGGGCAACGCCACGGCCAUCUGCUCGGACAAGACGGGCACGCUGACCAUGAACCGCAUGACCGUGGUGCAGGCCUACGUGGGGGACACCCACUACCGCCAGAUCCCCGACCCCGAGGCCAUCCUGCCCAAAACCCUGGACCUCAUCGUCCACGGCGUGGCCAUCAACUCUGCCUACACCUCCAAAAUCCUGCCACCAGAGAAGGAAGGGGGGCUGCCCCGCCAGGUGGGCAACAAGACCGAGUGUGCCCUGCUGGGCUUCGUGCUGGACCUGAAGCAGGACUACCAGGCUGUGCGCAACGAGGUGCCCGAGGAGAAGCUCUACAAGGUCUACACCUUCAACUCCGUGCGCAAGUCCAUGAGCACCGUGCUGAGGAACAGCGGCGGCGGCUUCCGCAUGUACAGCAAGGGCGCCUCCGAGAUCAUCCUGCGCAAGUGCACCAAGAUCCUGGACAAGAACGGCGAGCCGCGGGUGUUCAAGGUGAAGGAUAGGGACGAGAUGGUGAAGAAGGUGAUCGAGCCCAUGGCCUGCCACGGGCUCAGGACCAUCUGCCUGGCAUUCCGGGACUUCCCUGCGGAUGCAGAGCCCGACUGGGACAGCGAGAACGAGAUCCUGUCUGACCUGACGUGCAUUGCCGUGGUGGGGAUCGAGGAUCCCGUACGGCCCGAGGUGCCAGAUGCCAUCCUGAAAUGCCAGCGUGCAGGCAUCACCGUCCGCAUGGUGACAGGGGACAACAUCAACACUGCCCGUGCCAUCGCCACCAAGUGUGGCAUCCUGCUGCCCGGGGAGGACUUCCUGUGCCUCGAGGGGAAGGAGUUCAACCGCCUGAUCCGCAACGAGAAGGGAGAGGUGGAGCAGGAGCAGCUGGACAAGAUCUGGCCCAAGCUGCGGGUGCUGGCACGCUCCUCGCCCACGGACAAGCACACCCUGGUGAAAGGAAUCAUCGACAGCACCGUGGGUGACCAGAGGCAGGUGGUGGCUGUGACAGGGGACGGGACCAACGAUGGCCCAGCCCUGAAGAAAGCAGAUGUUGGGUUUGCCAUGGGCAUCGCGGGCACGGACGUGGCCAAGGAGGCCUCGGACAUCAUCCUGACCGACGACAACUUCACCAGCAUCGUCAAGGCCGUCAUGUGGGGCCGCAACGUCUACGACAGCAUCUCCAAGUUCCUGCAGUUCCAGCUCACCGUCAACGUGGUGGCCGUCAUCGUGGCCUUCACCGGUGCCUGCAUCACCCAGGACUCUCCCCUGAAGGCCGUGCAGAUGCUGUGGGUGAACCUGAUCAUGGACACGUUCGCCUCGCUGGCGCUGGCCACGGAGCCGCCGUCGGAGUCGCUGCUGCUGCGCAAACCCUACGGGCGCAACAAGCCGCUCAUCUCCCGCACCAUGAUGAAAAACAUCCUGGGCCACGCCGUCUACCAGCUCACCAUCAUCUUCACCCUGCUCUUCGCAGGGGAGAAGUUUUUCGACAUUGACAGCGGCCGGAAUGCGCCCCUGCACUCUCCCCCUACCGAGCACUACACCAUCGUCUUCAACACCUUUGUGAUGAUGCAGCUCUUCAACGAGAUCAAUGCACGCAAGAUCCACGGCGAGAGGAACGUCUUCGAGGGCAUCUACCGCAACCCCAUCUUCUGCUCUGUGGUGCUGGGCACCUUCUUCGCCCAGAUCAUCAUCGUGGAGUUUGGUGGGAAGCCCUUCAGCUGCUCUGGGCUCACCCUGACCCAGUGGUUCUGGUGCAUUUUCAUCGGAGUGGGAGAGCUCCUGUGGGGCCAGGUGAUCUGCACCGUGCCAACGAGCCACCUGAAGUUCCUGAAGGAGGCUGGGCAUGGCAUCACCAAGGAGGAGAUCCCCGAGGAGGAGCUGCCCGAGGACGUGGACGAGAUCGACCACGCGGAGAUGGAGCUGCGGCGGGGGCAGAUCCUGUGGUUCCGGGGCCUCAACAGGAUCCAGACCCAGAUGGACGUAGUUUACACAUUCCAGACCGGCGCCUCCUCUUUGCAGGGAGCCCUCAGGAGACAGCCUUCCAUCGUGAGCCAGCACCACGAUAUCAAAGUGGUGAAUGCGUUCCGUAGCUCCCUGUACGAAGGCCUCGAGAAACCCGAAUCCAGAAGCUCCAUCCAUAACUUCAUGACUCACCCAGAGUUCAUCCUGGAGGAAGACGAGCCUCAGACACCAUUCCUUGACGGCACCGAAGACGAGCCCGAGCCUGACGGACUCCAAAAGCGAGGUGGGGGCAGCCUGGGGGGCUCCACGGCCCUCAACAGGAACAACAACGCCGUGGACAGCGAGUUCAGCUUCCCCGAGCCCGGAAGCCCCUUCCACAGCCUGGAGACCUCUGUUUGACCUUAGAACUUGGAAUUCCCCCUCCUCCUCCUCCUCCUCUUCCUCGUCCUCAUCCACCUGGGCCCUGUGUGAUCCCAGCACCAGUAACUGAUCACACUGCUGCGGUCAAACUGUUCAUGCCUGUAUCAUCAGCUGGGUUUUUUGGGGUUUUUUGGGGUGGGGUGGGGGUUUAAUGUGUUUUUUCUUUUUUUUUCAUUUUGUUCUUUUUUUUUUUUUACCGUUAUUUAGCAGUGGGAACCAGAGUACCACCACGCUGGGUGUUGGGAGAGGCUAAGCCAAAAAAAAACCAAACAAAAAAAACCCCAACCAAUUGUGCAUCUCCAUCCCUGAUUUUUCGUGGUACUCACCCAGGGGAAGCUGCCAGGUUCUUUCCUCUCCAAGAGUUGGGCUUUUCACUUGGAGUUUUCACUUUGGAAAAAUGCAUGUUCCAAGGAAAUUCAAGUUGUUGUAGUCUUACACUCCCUCAGCCCGAAGGCUGGGGGUGCACUUGUGACUUGAUUUUAUUUUAUUGUGGUUUUUUUUUUUCACAUGUGGUUUUUAGGGGUUUUUUCUUCUAAUGUUGGGGUUUGCUCUUUGCUUGUGGGAUUUGCCCCCCUACCCCGUGGGAAGUGGGGAGGGGAAGUCACUGCUCCAGUGCAAAAGUUGAGGAAUAAACUGAAAAAUCCCAGCCAGGAGAAGGUGUUUACUCCAAGGUUCAGAGAUCCAGGGAUGCCCACCAGUCUUCCACCUUUGAAAAAUGGUACCUGGGCUUCUUCCAGCUCCCCCUCUGUGUGUGCCCACACGUUUUUCUCUCUCUGUUUCCAAACUGGGAGAUGAGAAAUGAAGGGAUAAAUUCUGAUUUUCCUGCAAAGGUGGAGGUGAAACUGCCAGGGAAGAGGUGAGGAGAGACCCCAGGUUGUGAGGGAUGCAGCUUCUUCCUGAGGAAUUCUCUAGGAAUUCUCUUCUCCUCCUCUAGGAGAGGCCUCUCUGCUGCUCUUGGUCAGGGGGGAAACUCCUGGGGAGAGGAUUUUUGCAGCUCUCCCAGCUCCUGCCCUCCAGAGCCGAGGGAUUUUUGCCCUUUUUUCCGUGCCCUUGGGGUCCAGCACCCCUCAGCCUCACAGUGAUCUGGGAGGAGGCUCCAGCCAUGCCCAAAAGCUGUGGGAGGAUGAGUGGGGACCUCCUGAAUCCUGGGAGGGAUCACCCCAGCUGUCUCGUGGUGCAGUGGAAGGCAGGGAUGCCCUUGGAUGAUCCCAGAUUUUCCUGGAGGUUUGGUUUGGAUGGCUGCAGGUCUCCCAGAGGAGGAGCUGCUGGAGGCUUGGCCUCACUUGGCUGCUUUUUUUGGAGCCCUUGAGCCCUGCCUCACCUCCAGCCCUGGGAUAACCCAGUCAGAGUUCCUUUCUUUGGAGGUGGCUCUGGAUUGUCCCUCUGGCCAUCCCUGGAGCAGGAGGCAGGGCUUGGGCUUCUUCUCCUCCAUCCCCUCCCCUUGAGCCCUGCCUCACCUCCAGCCCUGGGAACAACCCAGUGAGAGUUCAUUUCCUUGCAGGUGGCUCUGGAUUGUCCCUCUGGCCAUCCCUGGAGUUGGAAGCAGGGCUUGGGCUUCUCCUCUUCCUGGGAGCCUCCCUGCUCUCCUCCAUCCCCUCUGGCUGAGGGGAACAGAGAAAAUGAGCUGGAAAUGAGGCCAUUCCCACCCCUGGAUGGGAAAACCCUGGGAUUCCAAGCCCUGAGGGGUUUUUUUGUGGUUUUUUUUUGGGGGGAAGGCUGACUCUGGCUGGGUUCUCCUCCCCUGCCCCACCAGGAACGCACAGUGGAAUCUCCCGUGCCUUGUCCGAGCACUGCCUGCAGCACCUCCUGCCACGCCAGGCCCAGAUCUUUGCCAAGAUUUAAGUGUUCCUUAAACCACAAACACAAACCAAGUGUCUCUGUGUCCUUCCCUGGGCUGGGAGGAGGAGGAGGGGAGGAUGAGCUCCUUUUUCCCGCUGAGGAAAGGCCUUUAUUCCAAAAAUCCCAAAUAUCCUGAAUAUCCCCAGUGUCCCACCCUGGUACUGGCGAGCUGGGCUUUGUUCACUGCCAACAGCAAGAAGAAAUUGCCACCACUGCCCGUCCCCAGUGCAAAUUCAGUGUCCACCCCAUGCCUGGCUCCUCCUUGCCUUCCUCCCCCAUAAAAAAAUAACCCAGGGGAGUGAGGGGAUCUUGGGUAAAACACCAGGAAAAAUAACACACACAAAAAAAAUCCCCAAACGAGGGGUGGUUGUGGGGUUUUGGUUCUGUGCUAAAGGUGACGUUGCUUAAAAAAAAAAACCAAAAAAAAAUCACUUUUUC